CUAGAAUCAAAAUUGGCUUUGGGUACAGUUGUAUACAUAUAUAACUUCUAGAAAACAACCAAACCCUAGUUCAACCGCACAAAAAUCAAAACAGGGAAAGGGAGAAUUGGAUUCCUCGUGGUUCUGUCCAUCGGUAUUUAGUAAUGGAGAAUUCAUCGACCCCAGACAGUACGAUGCAUCUCCAAGAAGAUGAUGAAGAAAUAGGCCAGAUCGAGCAACUCAUUCACAAAUACCGCUCCCUACAGAUGAAGGCGACAUCAGGAGCAGAGGAUUCCUCCACCAACAACGGCGCUGUACAUGUCCCUGAAAGUCAUACUCGUUUAGCAGCCCAAAUCAAAAAACGCAUUGACCGAUUGCUCGCAUUUAAUCCUCACCAGGACCGACUUCUUAGAACAGGAAAUGCCAAAACAUCAAUGGCGGCAUCUUUCAAAGCUGAAUCUGAUUGUGGAUUGAGCACUAGUGCCAAUUCUGAAGCUGAAGAUGUCACCAUCUAUUUCCGUUUAUAUUCCGGAAGGCGUGACUAUGGAAGCUUUUUAAACCCCCAUACAGACUACGAAAUUAAGUGGUAUUCUAUUUCAACACAGCGCAAGUCUGUCAGUGAGGAUGGUGAGGAUAGGCACAUCCACCCCGCCAUUCAGGACGAGCCUGGUUCUCCCUAUUUCAAUGUGGUUCUCCCUAUUUCAAUGUUUUUGGCUGGCUUCCAUUUUCUGUUGGGCCUUACAUCUUCACCCUCCGUGGUUAUGCAGAAACGUGCGGCUGGCAGUCCAUACAUCCCAUCAGUAAAGAACUCUCAGUAUCAGACUGGCCUUAUGGUUCUUGCAUUCAAACUUGAUUAUGAAACCACCGCUGAUCCUGCUACGGGCCAUAUCAAGCGACGUGAUACGCGUGCCGUGUUCUUUACAUGGACGGAGAGGAUUUCCUAUGAUUUUGUCAAAAAUGAAUUUAAGGUGUCUCGUGGCGACCGCAUCAAAGACCCUUUGGAAUGUGUAGGUGGUGUUGGUCAUGGCAAUUUGAUUUACUUUUUGUUCAAUGAAGAACCAGAAGAAAGAGCCAAUCUUAUGGUCUACAAUGACCGUUUCCAUAAAUGGUACAAAACUCCAGUUGUUGGUUUGGAGAACUUUCCUCAUGCUUUGCCGGCAGGCAAGAAACAAUAUUCUCGAGUUCUUCCUAGUUAUACCCCUGCAAAAUUAUUGCUCAUAGGCAAAGAACGUCUCUGUAUUCUUUGGGCUGAUUUUCGCGGUAACGCUGCUCGAAUCUACUGUACCACAUUUGAUGUUCAUGUGAUUGAUCGGCAACCACGUGCUGUAAAUGUUUCCACCAAUGUGUACAAUGUCAAGGGUUCACACCUUAACGAGCUAGACGCCGUUUUUAUCCGCAGUCAGACAAUAUCACAACUCCCAUAAAGAGAGUGCACACUGGCUGCUGGGCCCUCCACGCCAUGUAGGGAGCAUAAAAGCAAGGGGCGUAAAGGCAAAG